AUGUUACCUAAUUUAGGAGACAGUGUAACGUGUGAUGUGCCAGUUUCAUCACGCAGUCAAAUUCCUGGAGUGGAGGGGACAUUGCUGGCAGAUGUUACCUCACCUCAUGGCAAAAAUCAUCGAAUCGUCUUCUAUCGAGACAUCAACGUGUUCGCAUUUGAGCUAUUAGAAGAAGUUCUCGCCUUUAGAAAGGUGGCGUUUUGUGCAGUUGCGGAUGCACGUGUUGCGUUUCUAGAGUUAUGUCACCGCAAGAGUGUGCAUAGUUUGCUGGAAUUUGUUUGGGCAAGUAUCGUUGUAGUGGUCAAGUCUUAUAACUACAUCAUUAGACAGCCAUCUGCCAGUGUUCUUCCACUCGUCGUGGAGCUCCCGGACUCUCACCACCCAGAACUGAAAGGAGGGGUAGCGUAA